AGCCCUCCUAUGUUUGUCAGACUCAAAUCCGAGGGAGAGUAGCUAGCCGCCAUUUUCUAAGCGUCUCUCCCUAAAACGAGAGAAAAGGGCUCGCGACAAAACUGCCAUCUGGAUUACCUUUCGCUUACUGAGAAUCGGAUUUUUCGGUAAAAUAUUGAGGCAAAUUCACCUACAUAUGAAGUAAAUUGGAGUGGAAAGGAGUGUUUCACGGCCUUGUCUUUAUAUUCGCUGAGUGUUAGCGGCGAGGCGAGCUAGCUGGUCGAGCAAGGUGUAGAUCGUUGAUUCGCCCAUUCGCCUGAAUCCGGAACGAGAUCCGAGCGGCUCUGUGAACUGGGCCUUUUUGGGGCAAUCUGGUUGCAUUUUUGUUGGAUUUAUUAAUGGCAGUCUGAUCGAUUCAGGCCGCGUUUUUUGUGGUAGCACCCUUGGUUUUUUUCCACUAAAACUGCAGGGGAUUGUUGCCGAAAUUCCCUCGGAUAGUGCAACCUCGUCACGUGGCUGUCCUCAGGUGGGGCAGUAAGUGGGUGGUGUGGAGCAGGCCGCGGUGCCCGUCCCUCUGCACUGUAUGGCUGCGAUGGCGCCCGCUCUCACCGACGCCCCAGCCGAAGCUCACCACAUCCGCUUCAAACUGGCUGCCCCAUCCUCAAGUCUCUCACCAGCCAGUGCAGAGAACAACGGUAACGCCAGCAACAUCCUCAUCCAUAGCAGUGGCCCCGCUAAGUGCAAGGUGGUUUCUGAAGAUUGCCCCCUCGACUUUUGUGGCGGCGACCAGGAGCAGCAGCAACAGCAGCCCCAAGUCGAUUCUGUGGCCCAGGCCUCGGCCCUGGGAAAGCUCCAGCCGCUGGUGGCUUCUUACCUAUGCUCUGAUGUGACAACUGUCCCUUCAACUAAGGAGUCAAUCACACUGCAAGGAGUCCUCAUUAAACAGUCUGUGUUGAAAGGUCACAGAAUACUGCCCAGCUCCCUGCUCAACGGCGGAGGAGACUUCCUGUCGAGGAAGAGGCAGCAGAUUGAAUUAUCUGGUGGCCAACUCAAGAGCCUCAUGAGUGGCAGCACUAACGGAGGUGGUCAGCCAAUGGCACCUGUCAAUGGCCUGGCCAAAAAGCUGGCCACCAUCACUGGCCCUGGCUGCGUGGUGGCAGUGAACGGUGACAAGCCGCCUGCCACAGACUCUCAGUCCCAGAACCUGCCCUCGGACUCUGAGACCUUGACAGCUACUCUAUCGGGUCAUAUCCAGAUGAAAGGAACCCUCAAACAGAAGCAUUCCUCUGGGGUUUCUAAAAAUACAGACGAAAAAAACUGUGAACCACCCGUGCUCCAGUCUGCUGCCCUUUCCCCUUACACCCUUAACAACCCUAAGCCCACUGAACAAAUGAAUUUGGAGGAGGCUGAUUCACACACGCCUAUCGGUCAGCCACAGGGUUCUGAUAGGGAGAGACCAGGUAGCAGCCAGCAGGGCUCCCCGUCUUGCACAUCUGCGCCACAGCCUCCUCUACCCUGCACGUCUUUCUCUGACAGCCUUGAUGCUCAUGUUAAGGAGCGUACACUUCUCAACAGCAGCCGGCAAUCUGAGAUUGAAAAUCGGCUGCGUCGCCUGCGCAAACGUCUUCAGGUUGUACAGGCCAAGCAGGUGGAGCGGCACAUUCAGCAGCAGCUGGGUGGCUUUUUGGACUCGGCUCUCAACCGGCUUUUGGCCGGUAACCGCAAAGCAGAAACAGCAACCCCUACAGCUACAUGGAAGACUGGACGCCACUCUUCGUCAAACAGCAAAGACGGCCUCGGUCGCUUCCUUAAAAGCGGCUCCAUGCCCUUGGAACUGGAGAGGCUGUAUUUGAGCGGAACGGCUAACCUUCAUUCAGCAGAAAGCGCCUUUGACUCAGAUGUAACAGAAAGUAGUUCUGGAGGGGACUCUGACCUGGAGGAGGAAGAGCUGACAAGAGUGGACAUUGAGCAGCGACAUGUCAAAAUAUGGAAGCGGGCGGAGAGCCGCUACACGGUGGAGAGAGCGGCCAUCAUCAGCCACUGGAACUGGCUCCAGGCCCACAUCUCAGACCUGGAGUAUCGCAUCCGACAGCAGACCGACAUCUACAGACAGAUCCGCGCCAGCAAAGGCUCAGUGGAGCUGGGAGGACUUUCCUCCAGUGCAGUACCUGCGGGGGGGACAGAAGUGAAGACAGAGCCUGUAAACACUCCGGAUGUUGGUUCAGAACGGCUGGAGCACACAGGCGCCGCCCACAUCCCCAACACAGAGGCCGGCCCGUGGAAAGGUCAAAGCUCGCAGCCCGUUAACGGCGUCCUCAGCAGGAUGGCAGAGAGUGCGGACACCAAGCCGCCGUCAGCCUACGACAGCUCGUGUGUGGCUGCGCGUACACGACCGCUCGUCAGCUGCCGGAGACGGAGGCUCAUUCAGCCCAACACGGUGCCCAACCUCAACGGCAAGGCGCAGAAAAGCAGCUGUGUCCAGUGUAGCUGCAGGGUGAACCCCAGCAGCUGUGCGAUGUGUGGUGGCUGGCCCACCCCCAGAGAGGACCCUCAGUACGAGCAGCCCACCCUGGAGCGCCUGUCGAGACUGGAUCUUGGCGUCCACCCCAUCCUCUCCUUCCCUGACGACGUGUGUAUAGGCCUACGUCUGCAGCAGGUGAUGAAGAGCCAGUGGCAGACCAAGUCGCUGGAGAGGAGCAAACCACUGAAGAAGCUCUCCCUCAAACACAAGCUGUCCUCGUCCAAAGAGAAGCACAAGUUCACCAACUCACUCAUGGCAGUCAGUGUUGCAGGACUCGGCCACUAUAAGAACCGUGCUGAGAAGCUGAGGCCGGUGGACAGCAGUGGGGGGGGCAGCAGCUCACAGGUGUACAAGGCGGAGCGUCUGCAGGGCCUCUCCAGCCCACACUUGGUGCCCUACGACAAGAACUACAGCCGGAAGAGAUUAAGAGAGCACUCUCUGGACCGGACCGACACCUCCCCUAAACUCUUCCUGGACUCGAGCAGCCCCUGCCCGACCCUGGCCACCAUGCACUCGUCCCUCCACAGCCCCCUCAUCCGGCAGCUGUCCACGUCCUCAGAGAACUCCACGCCGCUGGGCGUCCAGAGCACGCCUCAGCAGCCAAUCAAGAGGAGGCGAGGUGAAAGCUCUUUUGACAUCAACAACAUCGUAAUCCCCAUGUCAGUGGCUGCCACCACCAGGGUGGAGAAGCUGCAGUACAAAGAGAUCCUCACCCCCAGGUGGCGAUCAGUGGACAUCUUCUCUCAGUCCAUCACUGAGGAGGAGGAUGAACGGGAGGUGGAGGACCUGACGGACGCCGCCUUCACCGUGCACCACCAGCCCCACGAGGACCAGGAGCGAUCCCGCUGGACAUGGAUGGCCCUGGCCCCGGCCAAGAGGAGAGGCAGCAGGUCGUAUAAGUCUGUUGACGGGCGCACCACCCCUCUGCUGUGCGGGACCAACCCUCCCACCCCCCAGCCGGCCUCUCCGGACCCCGGCCACUGCCCCAUGCUCCACGACUACAGCUACAUGCCCUCCCCCAUGAGCCCCCCCAGUCCCGACACGGCCUCCAACCCCCACACACCCUGCUCCAGGGACUCCCACCGGCUACUGUCCAGCGAGGACACGCGCUGCUCCACGCCCGACUUCACCUUCGAGGAGAGGACGGUGGCGCCGUGGGAGCGCCGCGGCUUCCCCAUGCCGGCGGACCCCGAGCUGGAGCCAGAGAGCGACAUCAGGCCGCGGAUCCGCACCAUCUCAGGUUGCCGGGCAACAGCCUACGGGCGGCUGGAUUCGGACGACAUGGAACCGCCCUGCGACGAGGACGGCGGCUCCAAACUCAAGGCGGCCUCCGCCGCCCACCGAUGAAUGACUGACAGGCUGCGGCCCCGCCCCCUCCCGCCCCACAGCUCCUCUCUGGCAUUAACAAGCAGAACCUCAAACCAGAAUAAAAGAUAUUAAAUGGGUUCCUGUUGUUUGAUAUUCAAACAUCAGUCUAAUACUUUUCACAGUUUUUAGUGAACAUUAUGGAGAUAGAAGCCUUUCCCUACACUUGUUUUUGUCACAGGAAAAAAAAGGAUAAAUGUAAAAAAAAAAAAGUAUAAAACAACACGUUACAAAAAAUGUUUUCUGUAGUAGGCUGAACAAUGUACAUGGGGGCUUAGUGGUGUUUCAUAUGUCGCGUGUACACUUGUAGCGCACUAUGUAGCGGACUCCUCAAAAUAUGGCCAAAGGGUGUUUUCUAUUGACUAGUUUGCUUGUAUUUCCCAUGUACAUUUUUAGUGGAGUGACAAAUUACAAAACAAGAAAAAAUCCCCUUCUCCUUUCUCCUCCUCAUCCAAAUAAACAGGUACAUUUGAGAUGUGGUUCCCCUCUUCUCCCACUAGAGGUCGCCUGAAAUCACCAGAGCACUUCUCCAACUGCCAAGUCUAGUUUUGUUGGUUUUUGCUUUUUUUUCUUUGUUUGUUUUUUCAUUCCUGACAUGUUUUAUUUGUACGUGUUCUGUCUGUUCCUGCGUAACAGUAAAUCAUUCCUUUCUACGGUCUCUUUUUGGAGAGAGUCCGGCUCCUCGUCUCGCCCCGCUGUCUCUGUUCUUUUUUUCUUCUUUUGUUAAAGAGGGUGGUGGCAUAGACAGGCCGGGGGUGUCUUUUGAGCACUCGCCCGUACAGAAAUAAAGCGCUGCUGCAUGCUAAAAGUAAACAUGCUCAUGUUAGUCUUAUCACAGUAAGAUGUCCUUAAAGAAACAAGCGGCGGGGGGUGAUUGUUCCAUCUGCUGGUUUCACUCUUCGUACAGUCGUUGCUGUAUUAGAAAAAUGUGGCAAAAUAAAGAAAUAACACAACCCCCCCCCCCUUCCUCUUUUUUCCCUCUUGCAAUCAUUUCAAAUGUAGCAGCUAAAAGCCCCCCCCCACCACCCCGAGCUCAGGUUUUUCAAUUUAAGGGAAUAUUUUUCUGCUGUGUAAUAGAUUCACUCUGAUUAGACUACUCCAUUGCCAGAUGGGUCAUUGUUUUUUGCCACCCCCCCACCACCAUCACAACCACACUAUUCUUGCCCCCCCCCUUCUCCUCCCCCCACCUUAAGUAACUAAUUGCUAUGCAAAAAAAAACUAUGGUUGUUUUUUCAUUUUACACCUCCUUUUAAUGCCACAGCCAUUCAAUCACUGUUUUUUUCUUUUGUAGUUUAAGCAAGAUGUCAAUGUACCUGUUUGAUUGUUGCAGCAGUUAACCUAAUCAAAAAGCAGAAUUGUUUUUUCUUUUUUGUAAAUAGUACCAUUAAAACAUUUAUGUUUAACUUGG